GGACCGCCGGGAGCGGGGCGGACGCUCGCGCCCCUCCUUCUCGGCCCGCCUUCGCACCACCGCGCGCUCGGGCUCCCGAGCCGUCAUGGGCGCCGCCGCGUGGGCAUCGUCGCCCCUGCCGCUGCGUGUGUCUCUCCUGCUGCUGAGUCUGCCGCUCCCGGGGCUGCCCGUGGGCUCCUGGGACCCGGCCGGUUACCUGCUCUACUGCCCAUGCAUGGGGCGCUUCGGGAACCAGGCUGAUCACUUCUUGGGCUCCCUGGCUUUUGCAAAGCUGUUGAACCGCACCUUGGCUGUACCCCCUUGGAUCGAGUACCAGCAUCACAGGCCUCCCUUCACCAAUCUCCAUGUGUCCUACCAGAAGUACUUCAAGCUGGAGCCCCUCCAGGCCUACCAUCGGGUUAUCAGCCUAGAGGACUUCAUGGAGAAGCUGGCACCCACUCACUGGCCCCAGAGGCGAGUGGCAUACUGCUUUGAAGUGGCAGCCCAGCGAAGCCCUGAUAAGAAGACAUGCCCCAUGAAGGAAGGAAAUCCCUUUGGCCCAUUUUGGGAUCAGUUUCAUGUGAGUUUCAACAAGUCCGAGCUUUUUUCAGGCAUUUCCUUCAGUGCCUCCUACAAAGACCAGUGGAUUCAGAGAUUUUCUCCAAAGGAACAUCCAGUGCUGGCCCUGCCGGGAGCCCCCGCCCAGUUCCCCGUCCUGGAGGAGCACAGACCGCUCCAGAAGUAUGUGGUAUGGUCAGAUGAGAUGGUGAGGUCAGGAGAGGCCCACAUUCUCACCCACCUCAUCCGGCCGUACGUGGGCAUUCACCUGCGCAUUGGCUCUGACUGGAAGAACGCCUGUGCCAUGCUGAAGGACGGGACCGCAGGCUCCCACUUCAUGGCCUCCCCACAGUGUGUGGGCUAUAGCCGCAGUACGGCGGCCCCCCUUACUAUGACUAUGUGCCUCCCCGACCUGAAGGAAAUCAGACGGGCCGUGAAGCUCUGGGUGGAAGCACUGAAUGCCCAGUCGGUCUACAUCGCCACGGAUUCCGAGAGUUAUGUGCCUGAGAUCCAAGAGCUCUUCAAAGGGAAGGUGAAGGUGGUGAGCCUGAAGCCUGACGUGGCCCAGAUCGACCUGUACAUCCUUGGCCAAGCUGACCACUUUAUUGGCAACUGUGUCUCCUCCUUUACUGCCUUUGUGAAGCGGGAACGGGACCUCCAGGGAAGGUUGUCGUCUUUCUUCGGCAUGGACAAACCCCCUCAGCUGCGGGAUGAGUUCUGAUCCUGGCUGGAGCACAUCACCAGUCUGAGCUGGUCCCAUUUGCCAGGCCUGGCAGCUGGCAGUGCUCCCAGGAUUGAUUCCCAAGAGUACAAGCUCUUCUGCUCCCUGGCCAGAGACAGAAAAGCACCAGGGACUUCUGGAGGAGAAGGACUCCAUCUCCCAAGGCACAGGGCUUUCAGGCCUCCUGGAGCCAGAGUAUCUCUGCUCUCUGCUAUGUGUGCUUCCUACUAUUUCUCUUGGGAAUUUCUCAUGCUGGCAAAGCAGUCCAACCUCUAUCUUUGGUCUAGCCUUCUCUGAGCCCCCUGGGGGGCUAAACUCUCUUCAGCGAUUUUUAAUAGAGACCCAGAGAUUUUUAUAGUUUUGA